AUGAUUAAGAGAGGAUUUAUAGGCAAUAGUUCGCGGCAGUUGGUCCGUUUAUCUAUGAUGAAGCCAAGUCUUCAUCGUUUUAUGUCUGCGGAUGGAAGCAUUGCCUUGAAGGACAAGAAUAGGCCAAUGAGAAUCGACCGAGAACUUCCAAAUCCCCAGGAUGGCAAGAACAAGAGAAUCGCUACAUUUGUUGGGUUUGUCAUGGUGAUUGGUAUUUCAUUUUCGAUGUUUGUAAAUUAUGAGAGGACGCAGUUACCGAUCGUUUCCAACACUAUGUAUCAUAUGCGCCGGUCGAAGCAGGUAAGAGAGUUGAUGGGGGACAAUAUUGACUUUGAUGGUGUGUUGCCAUGGGUUUCCGGUAAAUUAAAUCAAGUGGCGGGUAAAGUUGACAUCAAGUUUAAUACUAAGGGUAGCAAGGGUGUGCGUGGUAUUGUACAUUUAGUAGCAGACAGGGAGAAUAAGGACCGCGAAUUCUUAAUUCACGAAUGGAGUCUCACUGUAGGCGAUACGAAGGUAGACCUAUUGGAACGUGCUAGUAACAUCUUCCCAACCAAAUGA